AUGUUUUUGACAAGAUCAGAAUACGACCGUGGGGUCUCUACAUUUUCGCCUGAAGGCCGUCUUUUCCAAGUUGAGUAUUCUCUUGAAGCGAUUAAGUUGGGUAGUACUGCCAUUGGUAUCCUGACGGCGGAAGGAGUUGUUCUUGGUGUGGAGAAGAGAGUGACCUCUCCUCUUUUAGAACUGUCUUCCAUUGAAAAGAUUGUUGAAAUCGACAGACAUAUUGGCUGUGCCAUGUCUGGAUUAACUGCUGACGCUAGGUCCAUGAUUGACCAUGCUCGUGUUUCUUCCUUGACCCACGACUUGUACUAUGACGAGCAAAUUCAGGUGGAAAGUUUGACGCAGUCAGUUUGCGAUUUAGCGUUGCGUUUCGGCGAAGGCGCAUCUGGAGAGAAAAGAUUGAUGUCGAGACCGUUUGGUGUGGCUCUUUUGAUUGCUGGAAUUGAUGAAAAGGGUCCGCAAUUGUACCAUGCGGAGCCUUCAGGAACAUUCUAUAGAUACGAUGCUAAGGCCAUUGGUUCUGGUUCUGAAGGUGCUCAAACUGAGUUGCAAAAUGAGUACCACAAAUCCUUGACUUUGAAAGAAGCUGAACUUUUAGUAUUGAAGAUUUUGAGGCAAGUUAUGGAGGAAAAGUUGGAUUGCAAGAAUGCUCAAUUGGCAUCGGUGACAAAAGAAGGCGGUUUUCAAGUUUACAGUGAGGAGAAGACCGACGCCCUCAUAAAGGAAUUGAACGAGUCUCAGGUGGACGACACUCAUAUUUGA